AUUUAAUUUUGAAAUAAUCAAGGGGCGAUGUGAGAAUAUGCGAAAGCAUAAGGCCAAACUCGGAAAAGAAGAAACUCUUAAACCCUAAAACCCAAGCUCAUCUCGCAGCCACUGCAGUCGCCUCCUGUUAUAUAUUCAUAUCACAGUGAGUCUUCACUUAGCAUCGUCUUCCUCUCUCAAACUUCACUCAGAAUGAAGAACCCUAAGGUUUUCUUCGACAUAUUGAUCGGGAGAGCGAAAGCUGGGCGCGUAGUGAUGGAGCUCUUCGCGGAUACCACUCCGAAAACCGCCGAGAAUUUCCGAGCUCUGUGCACCGGCGAGAAAGGGAUCGGAUCUAGCGGGAAACCGCUGCAUUUCAAAGGAUCUGCUUUCCAUCGCAUUAUCCCCAAUUUCAUGUGUCAAGGCGGUGACUUCACUCGCGGCAACGGGACCGGUGGAGAAUCCAUUUAUGGAGCCAAGUUCGCGGACGAGAAUUUCACUCUAAAGCACACGAAGCCAGGCCUCUUGUCCAUGGCGAAUUCUGGUAAAAACACCAAUGGCUCUCAGUUCUUCAUUACCACGGCGACGACGUCGUGGCUCGACGGGAAGCACGUGGUGUUUGGGGAAGUCGUGGAUGGCUAUAGCGUAGUCAAGGAGAUGGAGAAGGUCGGCUCCGAGGCUGGACCGCCCUCCGCCAAAGUUUUGAUUGAGGAUUGUGGUCAGAUUCUUGAGGAUUAAUUUGAUUAGGAUUUUUAUAUGUAAAUCAUAAAUAAGAUUUGGGAUCUAUCUGUGCAAAACUUGGACUUUUGCCUUUGAUUAUCACUUGUUUUUUUGUAAGAGAUAAUUGCACCUAAAACCUUAUCGUUAAAUUCUAAAAAUUGUUGCUUUUAAAUA